AUGACCACAACUAUGGAUAUUGUAGUCUGCCUUGACUGUUCAUCAUCGAUGACAUCCUAUUUCAAUCAUAUUCGUUUAGAUAUUCUUUCAAUUGUUAAUGAAUUAUUAAUCGAACAUCAAAGUGAUGUUCGUAUUGCAUUAAUUGAAUUUCAAUCACAUACUGAUUAUUGGAUAACAAAUAUACAUCCAUUUACUUCAUCAAUGAAUUUAUUUCAAGAAUGGAUGAAUGCUGCUCGAACUGAAGGAAAAAAUUCAAAUGAAUGUAAAGCAAUUGUCGAUGCACUCGAUACAUCUUUGACACUUGACUGGCGUUCUAAUACAAAUUUUAAUCAAUAUCAUGAAAAACUUGUUAUAUUAAUUACUGAUGGUCCUCCUUGUAAUUUUCUUAAUGAUGAAUGUUCUUUUAAUAGUAAAGAUCUUUGGAAAAUAUCUGAUGAAUUUGAAAAACAAGAUAUUACAUUAGUUAUUAUUGGUAUUGAACCUAGUAUUGUUGUUUGUGAUGAUUUCUAUUGUGCAUUAGCUAAUAAAACAGGUGGUGCAUAUCUUCCAUUAAUUAAUGCUUUACAUGUUCUUUCUUCUGUUAUACCACGAGCCAUAUUAGAAGAAGAAACACUCACACAAUUAUUUCGUCGUGCUGAUAUUCAUUUUGAUAUUGAAUAUAAUUCUUUAUAUUGUUAUUCAUAUGUUGAAAAACGAGUACGUUUUAUGAUUGAAUAUUGUCAUACAAUGACUGAUAUUCGAAAAUGGUUGUUUACAUAUCGUUAUCAACCGAUUGAAUUUAUUGUUGAUAAAAUCGAUGAUAAUGAUUUUGAACCUCAUUCUCCAUCAUCGAAUAGAGAUUAUUUUCAUGAUUUUCUAUGUCAAAAUGUAAACAUUAUUGCUUCAACACCAAUAACUGAUGAUGAAGGUUAUCGAACAAGAUUGCCGACGACGGCAUCAACGGAUUCAAGUUUUAUACAUAUAAUUGCUUCGUCUGCUUCUUCAUAUCGUAUGGAAUUCGAUUGGACUAGUGAAAUUGAUGAUGAAUGCUUCUAA